AUGGAACAACCAACACAAUUUUUACAAUUAUCUACUGAAAGUUCUGAACCAUUUAUAAUUCCAAAUGUUUCCCCCGUAUCAAGUCCGAAAUUACUUGCCAAAUCAACAACAGAUGAACAAGAAGAAGAAAGAAAUAUUAGUGGCAAAUUACCAAAAAUGGGUAUGAUGAUGAAUAUUUUGAAACCAUUAGUUGUAAUUUCUGAAAAAGAAGAAGAACAAGAAGAAGAAGAAGACGCUGAAAAAUUGAUUGAAGAUGAUGCUGAAUUAAUAUCAACUAGAAAAUUAUCUAUACUUGAUUUGAACUAA